AUGUCUGUCUACGCUGCAGUAACUACUUCAACCGAACCUCUAUCCAACGAAGAUGCUCGCUGGCGGACAUGGGAAUCCGCAGAGCGUCUCACCCGCCCCAAAGACGCCCUCAUAGACGGCGUCGGCAUCGUCGCCAUUCUCGACCACCGCCACGGCCCUGAAAUAGUCUUGCAGAAACAAUACCGCCCCCCUGUAGACAAGGUCGUCAUCGAAGUCCCCGCCGGCUUAAUUGACGAAAACGAAACAGCAGAGGAAUGCGCCGUGCGUGAACUACGAGAAGAAACAGGCUACGUCGGUGUCGUUACUGAAACAUCACCCAUCAUGUUCAACGAUCCUGGUUUCUGCAACACGAAUUUAAAAAUGGUGCAUGUCAGUAUCGAUAUGAACCUCAAGGAAAAUCAGGAUCCGAAACCGAAUCUUGAGGAUGGGGAGUUUAUUGAGACGUUUACGGUCAAGUUGACGGAUUUGUGGAAGGAGUGUGAGAGGUUGGAGAAGGAGGGGCAUGUUAUUGAUGCGAGGGUUGCUACUUUGGCAGAGGGGAUUCUUCUUGCGCAGAGGUUUAAGCUCUAA